AUGAAGCAAAUACUAGAGCCAUUAACUACAGGAUGUGAAAGUGUUAAGCUUCUCAUCUUCCUUCUGUUAUAUAAGGUUUCACUUCUAAACAAGGUCUCGCUUCUGUUAUACAAGGUCUCACUUCUAAACAAGGUCUCGCUUCUGUUAUUCAAGGUCUCACUUCUAAACAAGGUCUCACUUCUAAACAAGGUCUCGCUUCUGUUAUACAAGGUCUCACUUCUAACCAAGGUCUCGCUUCUGUUAUACAAGGUCUCACUUCUAACCAAGGUCUCGCUUCUGUUAUUCAAGGUCUCACUUCUAAACAAGGUCUCGCUUCUGUUAUACAAGGUCUCGCUUCUGUUAUUCAAGGUCUCACUUCUAAACAAGGUCUCGCUUCUGUUAUACAAGGUCUCACUUCUAACCAAGGUCUCGCUUCUGUUAUUCAAGGUCUCACUUCUAAACAAGGUCUCGCUUCUGUUAUACAAGGUCUCACUUCUAAACAAGGUCUCGCUUCUGUUAUACAAGGUCUCACUUCUAAACAAGGUCUCGCUUCUGUUAUACAAGGUCUCACUUCUAAACAAGGUCUCGCUUCUGUUAUACAAGGUCUCACUUCUAACCAAGGUCUCGCUUCUGUUAUACAAGGUCUCACUUCUAACCAAGGUCUCGCUUCUGUUAUACAAGGUCUCGCUUCUGUUAUUCAAGGUCUCACUUCUAACCAAGGUCUCGCUUCUGUUAUACAAGGUCUCACUUCUAACCAAGGUCUCGCUUCUGUUAUUCAAGGUCUCACUUCUAAACACGGUCUCGCUUCUGUUAUACAAGGUCUCACUUCUAAACAAGGUCUCGCUUCUGUUAUACAAGGUCUCACUUCUAACCAAGGUCUCGCUUCUGUUAUACAAGGUCUCACUUCUAACCAAGGUCUCGCUUCUGUUAUUCAAGGUCUCACUUCUAAACAAGGUCUCGCUUCUGUUAUACAAGGUCUCGCUUUUGUAAUACAAGGUCUCGCUUCUGUUAAACAAGGUCUCGCUUUUGUAAUACAAGGUCUCGCUUCUGUUAAACAAGGUCUCGCUUCUGUUAUACAAGGUCUAGUUUCUACAAUUAUAGAAAGGUCUUGCUUUUGUUAUACAAGGUCUCACUAUAAGGUCUCGCUUCUGUUAAAAUAGGUCUCGCUUCUGAAAGUUCCUAUCGUCUACUGUAACUCUUUCAUGAAUGGUUAUGUGUUUAUAUUUUGUACAUGUUUGUAAAUGGCAAGGAAAAAAGCUGUGGUAUGGGAAUAAAGCUCAUAUAUAUG